CCUCAUUGUGCCUGACUAAAAUGAAACAUAGCCAACCUAACGGGCGAAAAAAGGAGUUUACUGAUGAACCGGCGAACGUCACCACGUUAGUCUUAACCUUGGAAAGACAAUACACACAAAUGUAACCACAAGAAACAGAGUAAACACCGACAUGGAAACAUUGUCACUCAUUUUUGUGAUUUUUCUACCACAGAUGUGUGCUUCCCAUACAGGUCAUGCUAAGACCAAACAAAGUGAUAGGAAAAGAAACUUUCUAGCAGACGCUAUGCGUGAGAUGGAAUCUGGAGGAAAGGCUUCGAGUCAUGCAUCUUCUGUAAGAAAGGUUCCAAACGUCAUCAGGGUGGUAAUGAGGCCAGAAGUUCCACCAAGUCGCCACCGCCAUCACCGACAUCACCAUGGACAAUUUGAUGGCCUGAAGUCCGUUUUGAGAUUAUCUGAGGGAGUAAACAAACUGUCUAAUCAGCACAAUGAAAACCACAAAAAUAAGGCAACUCAGAUACUCGAUGCUGAGAAUAAAUUACAGGAAACAGUGCGAUUUCUUGAAAGAGUCAAUGGACAGCUGAACAAUAUUUCAAAAUCGCACGAUCAUAAACAAAAACUUGAAAAAGUCGAUACACGAGGUAAUAUUACUCUAAAAGGUGACGACGAAGUCAUGGUGACGGAUUCUUUUCCAUUAUUUCCGGAAUUGAGGAGUAUUGUUGAGCAUGGAAAGCCUUUCAACCCGGAUGUGACCAGAGCAGCUUUUGCAAGAGCCAAGCAAAUUGUCUGGGAUAGCGUUGGGCAAGACCCAUUGACCUCUGCAGAUGUUGGGCACCUAAACAACACUAAAUUGACUAAUGCUGUGGCUUUGCUGGAAAUGGCUGUCAGAGAAGCCGAGAAAAUGGAAAGAAAUAAAACAAAAUCUGUCGAUCAAGAAACAAAUCAUCAGGUCAACAGCCCUAAAAUUCCCGAAACCCAAACCAAAGUUAACCACUCAAAACAUAGUGACGCGCAAUUAAAAGUACUCAGGCAACUCCUUCUUGAGGAACUUAAGCAGACCAAUUUAACUGAAGAUGGAGCUGGCCACGUCCUCAUCAGUGAUAUUCCAUUUCAGAAAAUGAGAAAUCAAAAACAAAGCAGAUUGACCCAAAAACCUUUCUCAUCGCCGGGAGACUCCUCCACGGGUUCAAAAGUCAACCCGAGAAAUAAAAAUCAACCAAGUGGAACUCAAACUCUUUUGGAAAACUACACUUCAUUUAUAACUAACCUACUAAAAGCUGCCCACCUGAGCGUUUCAAAAAACAUUACCAAAGAUUCAAGCAGCACACCUGUCCAAUCAACAUCUCAUGCAAAGCUGGCCAGUGAAUCUGAAGGUCAACAACCAGUUAUUCACAAACAAAACGCAUUACUUUCAACUGUAGGACUGAAGUUAAACACAACGAAAGAGCAGCAGGAGGAGCAUCGGCUCUCCUUCGCGAACGUAGCCCAGGAGCAAAAACAACAACAAAGACAGCAGCAACACAUUCAACCUGUCGAUUUGCCCAAGGAACGUCUUGAUGCAAGAAAAGCCUUUGGUACGGCUCAAAAGCUGGUGAAAGCCAUGCUGGCGAGACAAGAACUUUAUAAAGCAGAGGCUGACUUCUUUAACAAAAUUCAUGAGAUGUUAAAUGAAAGUUCAAAAUACCCCUUGAACACAGGCCCAGAAAAAGAUGCAAGAGAGUCAAGGAUCACUAGCCAGCCCACAGUUGCUAGUCCUAUAAAAUCCCCUUUAAGCCAGUCUCCACUGAAUACUGCGAGUAGCCCAUCUCUUAGCGGCGAGGAUAACAAGAAACAGCCAUCAGAAUCCCAAAAAAAGUUUGAUGAAGCAGCACAUCUUGAAGAGAAGGUGGCGGCUCAACAGGAUUUGAUGUACGAUGCGUUGCUGAAAGGUCAUACAAUAGGAACUGUAAAAGGCGGGGGCGGUGGGACAUUUGAGGAAGAAGGCGCCGUUCGUGAAAAUACAGGACAAGAGGGAUUAGAUGACUCCUACAACACGGAAGACUACGGUGACUUCAAGGACAGCGACGAAGAAGCUGAAAAAAAAUUCUACCACGACCACAAUCAAGAUAAUUUUGAGGCAAAGGAAAUGGAGGACACCACCUUAGGCCUUCGCGAUAAAAUAAUCCAACUGAUUCCAGAACGUACGUCAAUUAAAGAGUCUAGUGGUAUUGACAUAGCAUCUUCCCAGACGGGAAACAUGCUCUACGAAAAUAACUUGAAUUAUACUUUCGGUGAAAGCGGAGACAGCUCGGGUGAUCGUAAUGCAAGGGAAAACGACAAGACGAGGCGCACUAAAUAUAUCUACAGGAAACGAAAACUGCUGGGCAAACUAUGAAAAUCUUACCGAUAAGGCCUCUUUGCCGAUUAGAGGAGGCAAAAGAAGGUGCUUUUUGCGCGUCUUUUUCUACAGAUAAAAUAAUGUAAAGGAUCCGUAUAUUCCUAGAUUAAAAUAUUGCCGACGACCCUAUAUUGCUUUUCAAGUAAAGCAGGGAAGAAUAAAACAAACGAACACUUAAGUCUAAAGAAUGUGCUACUGUAAUCACAAAGUUUCCAGUGAAGUAACGAUUAGAACGUGUCCUUACAUAACUUUGGCUUUGUUAGAAAUGCAAUUGCGUUAUUUGUUAGCUACAGAGAAGUAAGUAAUUCUUGAAUUGAUCAGAAAUCUGAAACAAGGGCACAAGAUAAAUCAAUGACAUUUUUUUAAUAGGAAAAACAGAACAGUUAAAAAUACUCUCCUUCAGUCUAAAAUUGGCCGAUUCAUGUUAUGAGCCAAGGUCAUAUCACUAAUAUCAUUUCGUUACGGAUCUAAUUAAAAUCACAACUUAGAUGUCAAAAUCACAUAAAUUGUGCAGUUUUGAAAAGUCGUUUUCGCAAUUUCCAAAAUUACUGCCAAACCAAGAUAAACAAUUCCAAUUUGGCAUCUAAUCAGAGACCUUUUUCUCUGGUUCAAUUGCAAAGUCACCAUUACCGCACUUUCAAAAAGUCUUAUGGAUUAGUGUUAGGUUUUUAACCUUACGUUACAGGAAGAUUUCAGUAUAAAUGUCAUCAUGUUUUAUUCAUUAUCAAACUAAAAAAACAUUUUGAUUCGAAACAACUUUAAAAAUGUUGUGGCUAUGUAAAACCUUAGCUGUAGUCGCUCAUUGACGAAUGGAUUGCAUGAAAUGACAAAUGAGAUAAAAUGUAUACGUAUUUGCUAAAGCUCGGGGAACUGUACAUCAAGCAGAUGAAAACAAAAGAUUUUUCCAACCCGUCAUGAGAAUGUUCCUUGAAAGUUCGUGCCAAGACAUGCAAAUUGGGUGAAGGCCAGAGAAAAAGUAGGUUACAAAAUUAUUCCCUCCCCGGGCAUAAGGUGUGCGUUUUUCCAAGUAGUCGUACUUUUGUUUUGCUUAACCCUUCUCCUCCCACGGGUAUGCUAAUUAAUUUUCACAAAAACACAACACCGUAAAAUAAUGGUUGUUAGUUGAGCGACAUUUAGUCAAUUUCCAUAUAUCAUAGCUCAUUUUGAAGUUUAAAGAAUUGCCUACACAUUGAACCAACAAAUUAUGCCUGUCUCUUUUAAUGCAAGUUUCUCACUUUAUCGUCAAAGUUGACAUAUGAAAAUAAGUAACAC